AUGGCCAAAAAUCCCCUCUAUCCUGGGUUCAAGAAGAGCCUCAACCUUGGAAGUCUCUAUGCAACCUUGACGAAGCAUCAUAAUGGCACAUUGAAGAAGAGCUCCUCUGGUAGAUCUUUUGCCUCCAUCGGAGUCGAAGCCAAUGCCGUUGUUGGUCACUCCAGCGGUGAGAUGGCUGCCACAUAUGCUGCUGGUGCCACCACAGCCAACGAGGCCAUCACAAUUGCCUAUCAUUGUGGUAUUAUCACUAAGCUACCAAAAAAGCAUGAAGCCAUGGUGGCCAUUGGCACCGGUGCCGAUGAUGUACAAUAA